CGACAGGGACCCCCCUCCAAGGCGAGAACAGGGCAGGUGCACGCUUCGUUGCUGCCUGUGCGCCCGACGGCGGGAUCUUUUCAGCUGCGCUGGCUGUUGUGAGGUGCGGCCGCCUCACUUCACUCCCCUGUGAUGGUGGCUCAGCGGUGGGCGUGGACGGCCGCCGGGGAGUUCCUGGCGUUCCGCCUGGGCCGCCUCUAUGAAACCCUCUACUACUCACAGUAAGGCCUGACAGACUGGCAGACACUCAUCCUGUGCUGAUCUGCUGUGUGUGAGCUGUGCAGGUACAACAACAAGUACUGGAUGGCCCUGAUCAUCCCUGGCUGGUUCUGCACGACCCGCUGGCGCGCCGAGCACCAGCUGCACUACUACGUCUUCAUCGACUCGGCCAACAUCCUGCCCGACACGAGCAGCUGGCUGUGGGGCUCCUGGGGACAGGGCACCAAGUACUACCUCCCCGACAACGCCAAGGUCAAGGAUCUGUACAAGGCCGUCUAUGGGGAGGACAAGAAGGUGCCAUCGAAUGUGCGUGCGGGGUGCCGGGGGCGGAUGAUGGAUGACGACGACACUCUGGCGAUGGCGGUGCACGCCUUCUGCAAGAGGGACCCCAAGAUUCAGAUCUGGGAGGAGGAUGGGACCAUCCACAUGUGAUGAUUGGGGGAGAGGUUUGGUGCCUUUGAU